UCUUUCUCUGAUAUUAAUAUUUUAUUCAGUUGCUUGUUAAUCUUAUAUUACCGAAAUCAUGUUCCUUUCAAAAAUGAAUAUCAAACCCCACCUGCCUCACGUGCGGAGGAUCCUGAGAGCAGUGUCGACAUCCUCAUCCCUGGGUAGCGAGGAGCUGGCAGUACACCGGGAUAGCAAAGACAACAAUCCAAAUACACCGUUUAAUUUCACUGAAGCUAAUAUGGAGAGACUGGAGGCGAUAAUCAAGAACUACCCAGCGGGGUUCCAGCGCUCGGCCCUGGCGGCCGCCGUGGACCUGGCGCAGCGGCAGGCCGGCUGGCUCCCCGUCUCCGCCAUGCACCGCGUGGCUGAAGUACUCGACAUGCCCCGGAUGCGGGUGUAUGAGUGGGCCACGUUUUAUACUAUGGUUAAAAGGCGCUUCAAAGGCAAGUACAACAUCAAGGUCUGCGUGACAACCCCUUGCAUGCUGCGAGGCUCCGACCAGAUCCUCGAGGUGGUGGAGAAGGCGGCCUGCUGCCGGCUGGGGGAGGUGUCCCGGGAUGGACUGUUCGGAGUGGAGACUGUUCAGUGUCAGGGAGCCUGUGUGAAUGCACCCGUGGUGGUGGUCGACGAUGAUUACUAUGAGGACGUCACCCCAGAUGACGUGUGCAACAUUAUCAACUCAAUCAGGCUGGGAACAAUCCCGAGCCAAGGGCCCCAGAACGGUCGAUACGCAGCAGAGCCGGUCACCGGGCUGACAACUCUUUGUGGUCCGCCGCCGUGCCCCGGACACGGCCUGCAAAAAGCCCUUUGUUGAAACGAUGGAAUGGAAUGUUCUCGUAGGUCAACUAGAAUCUCGAAUGAGAAAUUGUUGAUGGCGAUUCUCAAGUGAGUUAGUCUUGAGUUAUUAUAGAUAUUAUUUCUUCUUAGUUUUUAAAUACUUGUUACUUUAUAUUUCAUGAAAUUGUGUCCUUUUUAGCCUAUGUUAUAAAUAAAUAUUUAUUAUUCUGGUAAA